CGCGUACCCAUUAACGAGGGUGCAACUCAAACACAGUUGAAAAGAGAAGCGCAACAGGUUCAAUUUCUUCAAUAGAAAUCCAAUUGGAUUUUGUUUCAAUUUAUUUUGCAGUUCUAUCUGCAAGUCAACAAGAACUAUGGGAACCAAACAAACAAUUUCACCAAAUGCCAAUGCAAAGGCCAAAGCCAAAGAAACCGUCGACUCUUCACCAGCAAGCGGAUCAAAAGUCGAACCAAUAGAAACAGCAGCAGCAACAGGUCCAACAGCUCCACGUAAGGGACACGUCAGAUCUAAUCAGAGGGAGGCCAACGCGAUGCCUGAACAGAAAUCUGUUGUUGUGGCCUAUUUCCUUUGGCUGUUUGGUGGCAUCUUCGGAUUGCAUCAUCUUUAUCUGCAUCGUGAUCGUCAUGCGUUCGUCUGGUGGUGCACCUUGGGUGGCUACAUGGGCAUCGGCUGGAUUGGCGAGAUCUUUCUAAUACCCGAAUAUGUGCGCGAUGCCAAUGAGGAUCCGCAGUUCGUCCAGUCGUUUGUGGCCCGGUUGCAGGCAUAUCAGAAGCCGCCAUACUCAUCGAAGCGUUUUGUGGGCCAAGUGAUGAUUGGCUAUCUAUUCGGGCAGGUCUGCAGCAUGGCCAUACCACAGACCCUGGUUUGGGGAUUAGAUCUGAGUGUGAUGCAUUGGUCGAUACCCGUGGCCAUAUCCCUGGGCGUGUGGACUGUGGGUAAUAUUGGCCGAGAGCAGGGCGUUUGGUGGCAUUGUCUGUUGGCCGGACUCCUGGCCUAUCCGUCACGUUAUUUCAUCUACGAUGAGACCUAUUCACUGCUACUGACCGCUUUGGUCUCUGCUCUUGUCUUUGAUGCGCUCUCGAAGCAAUGGCGACGCACACCACCGCGUCGACGUGGAGUUGGCGAACGUUCGGUGAAACUAACGGCUGCCAUUCUGGUCUAUUGCUCACUUUGGGGCUCGUUCAUCUACUUCAAUGGCACCAUUUCGGAUGAGGACGGUGGCGAGGUGCCCAUCCAUGAGGCCAUUCACAAUUUCCUGGCUUCUGCCUGGUGGACAGACCUGAAGCAGGCCCUCCAUGAUACCUACAAUUAUGCCCAGCAUCAUGGUUGGUACGAGACAUGGAAGGAGGUCUUCGAGAGCAUGGAUGUCGAUGGUGAACGCAAUUCGUACAAAGUCCUGGGUGUCAGUGCCACAGCAUCGCAGGCAGAAAUAACUGCUGCCUAUCGUCGCCUGUCCAAGGAGAAUCAUCCCGAUAAGGUCAAGGAUGAGGCUUUGCGUGCCCAGGCCCAUCAGCGGUUCAUCGAGAUCCAGCAGGCGUACAGUGUCCUGAGUAAAAUCAAAUCCAAUCGUCGACGCAAGAACAAGCAAUAUCAGCAGGAUGAUGCUAUAGUUCUCUAAUCUUGACCCAAUCUUCUAUAGCGAAUAUAUAAUCUAGUCUAAGUCUAAAAAUUGUACCCGUAGAAUAAGUCAGAAAAAGUGCUCCUUACGAUGAACCAUUUCAAUUUUCGUGCAUUAGUUUAAAUUAAGUGAAAAAACCAACAAAAUCAUUAUUUAUAUUUUUAUACGUGUAGAAACCAUUUCCCAAUUUUUUUUUUGUAUUUAUUUAAUAAUGAUUAUAAGGCUUUAAUUUAUCUACGCAAUUUUCCACUAAUACAAAACGAAUAAAACAUUAUUUAUUUAUUUAUUAUAUAA